GCGAGGCGCUCCUGGCCUCCCCAGCCAACUAGUUGAUCGAGCCCCGGGAGGGAAGUGGCCGCAGCCGCCCGGGCCGCCGGCCCUCCCGUCUCCCAACCGGGUCAGCGCUCCCCGGGGCCCACGCUGUGCCCCGUGCCAGCGGCCGGGACCCGCCCAAGUGACACGUACACAGUUGCUCCUAGCAUGACCGUGAUCUGAUCAGCAACCACGAGAAUCUGACUCCCGUGUGGGGUGCCUUAGUGCUGGGGCCUGGUCACCGCCCACAACUCCAGAGCUGCCAUGGCUGCUGCCUCUACGUCCACCCCUGUCAUUUCACAGCCCCAGAAGCCUUGGUGUAGGUGUGGAAAUGGGAACCAAUUGCAUUCAUCCAAGACUGGUGUUAUUCUAAGAAAUUGUUACAGAAGUGCAGUGGAGCAAGUAGAUUAAAAGUUCACAGCCAUGAAUGAACCACAGUGCUUCUACAAUGAGUCCAUUGCCUUCUUUUAUAACCGGAGUGGAAAGUACCUUGCCACAGAAUGGAACACAGUUAGCAAGCUGGUGAUGGGACUUGGCAUCACCGUCUGUAUCUUCAUCAUGUUGGCCAACCUGCUGGUCAUGGUGGCAAUCUAUGUCAACCGCCGCUUCCAUUUUCCUAUUUAUUACUUAAUGGCGAAUCUGGCUGCUGCGGACUUCUUUGCUGGGUUGGCCUACUUCUACCUAAUGUUCAACACAGGACCCAAUACUCGGAGACUGACUGUUAGCACGUGGCUCCUGCGUCAGGGCCUCAUUGACACCAGCCUGACAGCCUCUGUGGCCAACUUACUGGCCAUUGCAAUUGAGAGGCAUAUUACGGUUUUCCGCAUGCAGCUCCACACGCGGAUGAGCAACCGGCGGGUGGUGGUGGUGAUUGUGGUCAUCUGGACCAUGGCCAUCGUUAUGGGGGCCAUACCCAGUGUAGGCUGGAACUGCAUCUGUGAUAUUGAAAACUGUUCCAACAUGGCACCCCUCUACAGUGACUCUUACUUGGUCUUCUGGGCCAUUUUCAACUUGGUGACCUUCGUUGUCAUGGUGGUUCUCUAUGCUCAUAUCUUUGGCUAUGUUCGCCAGAGGACUAUGAGGAUGUCUCGGCAUAGUUCUGGGCCGCGGCGCAAUCGGGAUACCAUGAUGAGUCUUCUGAAGACUGUGGUCAUCGUGCUUGGUGCCUUUAUCAUCUGCUGGACUCCUGGAUUGGUCUUGUUACUUCUUGACGUGUGCUGCCCACAGUGUGACGUUCUGGCCUAUGAGAAGUUUUUCCUUCUGCUUGCCGAGUUCAACUCUGCCAUGAACCCCAUCAUCUACUCCUACCGCGACAAGGAGAUGAGCGCCACCUUCAGGCAGAUCCUCUGCUGCCAGCGCAGUGAGAACACCAGCGGCCCCACGGAAGGCUCCGACCGCUCAGCGUCCUCCGUCAACCACACCAUUCUGGCUGGAGUUCACAGCAACGACCACUCCGUGGUUUAGAAAGGAAACUAACUAAGAUGAGUCGCGGCCAUCAUCUACUGAGGGAUGAUCAUCCUCCCCUUUCCCAAAGGCAGGGGCAGGGUGAGGUGUGAGAGAGAGGAAAAACACACUCGUGUACUUAAACACUAACCCAUGGCAGUAUUUGUUCCUAGACCCACCAAGACUUGAUGUAUAUUGAAAAAUUAGCUUAUGGGACAACCCUCAUCCUACUCCCCGUUCCUUUUGAAAGUAGAAAGUGGAGACCUUGCAAUAGAAUUCAUAAACAGACUCUGGAGUGUCCAUUUACACUACACUAACUAGUCUUCAAAAGAUUUUGUGUGGUUUGGUGCAAGUCAGAAUCCAUUCUGACUAAUUGAAUCCACAACUUCAUUUACAUACAGGCUUCCCUGUUUUUCUUUUUAAAGGAUACAUUUCAUUUAAUAAACAUGUUUAUGCCUAUCAGCAUGCUUGUGAUGGAUAAGACUAUAGACUGUUUUUAAACGAUCAUAACUCCAUUUUUUUCCUUAUGUAGGAAAACUGUAAAUUAGAAUUACUUUUUUAGAAAGCAUGCAUGUAAUGUAUGUAUGCAGUAUGCUGUACUUAAAAAGAUAAAAGGGUAUUAAUUUUAAAUCUUCUAGGAAAUAGAAGAACCUAGAUGUCAAAGCCAGUAUUUGUUUAGGUUAUGAAACAAACAAUGAUCUAAUCACAAUAUUACCUUUUUUAUUAAAGUGUUGUAACAUGUAUAAAACAAACAGGGAAUGUAAGUUUAUUAUCAGAAGAAUAUGUUGUACUCUAUAAAAGUUAUAGAGAUGAGCACAGUGGUAUUGUUCCCACAUAUUUAUAAUAUCCAAGUACAUUCUAAUUAUUAGUUCAUCAGAGGAAUUUUUUAAUGACCUGUGUUUUUCUGUAUCAUAAUACAUAGUCAUUGUAGAAAACUUGAAAAAUACAGAAAUGUAUAAAACAUUCAGAAAAAAUACUGAUAAUAUCACAACGCAGAAGUAAGCACCAUUAACAGUUUUUCCCCUUUGUAUGCCUAUAUGUAUAUUGUAUACCUUUUUAUAUAAUUGGGAUCAUACUGUAAACAGUUUUAUAACCAGUUUGUUUUUUCCACUGCAUAAUUGCCACAUUUUCCUAUGGCAUUAAAAAUUUUACAAAAACAUAAUUUUAAUGGCUAUAUAAUAUUCCAUUUAAUGGAUGCAACUCAGUUUAUUUAACCAUUCCUGUAUUGUUGACUACUUAGGUUAUGUCUAAUUUUCACUAUUAUAAAUAAUGUUGCAAAAAUUUUAUGUACAUAAAGCUUUGUCCAUAUAAUUGAUUAUUUACUUAGGACAUAUUCCCAUGAAGGAUUUUUUUUUUUAUGUGAAAUGUCUUUUUAUGCUCUUACCUUUUAUAAAAGGGGAUUUCCUGCUUUUGCCCUAUGUAGGUGGCAAUUGUGAGGAAAGCCAGUUAAAUUACCUUUUUACAAAGGAAAUGCAGUGGUUACUUUAGUUGAGAGUGACUUUUUUAUAUAACAAGAUGGACUAGAAACAGUCAACUGCCACAAAUAGCCAGGAUACCCUACUUAAUAUGUCUAGCAAUUCCAAAUUUCAUUUGAGCAAUAGAUGAUCCAGCUCUCGGUAGCCACAACUCUAGUGUAGAAUUGAAGACAAUGCAAAGAAAUCAAACAUGCCGAGUGAAUAAAGGAUCAUCUUCAUAUUAAAUAGCUUCUGUAGCAAAUGGGUUGAGCGUGUUGGUAUGUGACUGGAUACUGUGUAUUCUCUAAGGUCACCCCCAUAGAUGCCGCCAUAUUAGGUGAUACCUGUUCAACUGUCCAGGUAAACUAAUUAUUGCACCAGUUUGUCAUAAUAAGUAACCAGUAAAGUCACAGUCACGAAGCAGGUGUGGGAAAGUCAGGAGUAUGUUUGAGAGAGAGAUGUCCAGAAGAAGAAUGGUUAUUGAGGAAGGAGGAGGUUAGUGCAUGGUCACCAUUUGAGCAGAGGGCAGACUCAACAAGUGCCCAAACUGGAAAGAAUAUGGGGAACCGGUUAGCAGAAAGGUGUUUGCACAGACUUUACACAAAAUACAGAGCAUUUUAUAGUGGAAGGGAAACAAAUGAACUUGGGCUUUACUCAUGCGCAUUUAUUCUGAAGGAGAUAUGGACUAUUUGAAAUUUAAAAACAUACUAAUUGGACUUUAAUAAAUCAUUCUCAAUCAGUGUUUGCUAAUGUGUGGUUCUGG